AUGGCGAGUGGAAAGGGCGUUAAGCUCAGCGAGCAACACCUCCGGCUCAUCUACGAUACAUUCAAACUGCUCGACGAAGACAAGGAUGGAAUGAUCGAUAAAGCUCAGUUCUUCACAUUGUUUAGAGCCCUAGGGCAGACUACUUCCAACGCAAAUCUCACAAAAAUUUUCGCGCUGGCUGUUGCUGAGGAGAGCAAGAAGGCGGCAACGGCCGCAAAAGAAGAUCAAGCGGCGGCUAAGAAGACAGCGCCAACUGUGGCCGCUACAAAGAAGGCCGCACCGGUGCCAGCAGGGGAACGUGUCUCUUUCUCGGAAUUCGUGAAAACUUUUAGCGACAACUACCAGAAGCCAGUCACUGAGACGGUGCUCAUCAAUGCCUUCAACGUCUUUGACCCCUCGCACAGCGGAAAACUUACCUUGACGCAGCUUCACGACAUCCUUACGAAAAGAGGGGAGCCGCUCCCCAAAACAGAAGUUGAUGAGCUCAUGCUCAUUGCUGCUCUCGGAUCGGCAAAGCAGGCAGACUAUGCGUUGUUAGCCAAACGGUAA